CAACCGGCGCAUUUUCUAUCGGGACACUCCUGUUCUGGUAUCUGUCGGCCUCUUUGGAGAUUGUCUGCCGAUUUUGCUACAAACGAGAAGAACCAGGUUCAAUUUUAGCCUUUUUUCUGCGUUCCAUUGCCGCUGACGGAGCUACCAGCACGGAAGUGCAUGCGCAAGAGCCGGCUAUGCCUGGAACACGGAUGUCGGCGGAGCGGCUAGCUGGUUAGCGAAGAUAAAGGGUUCCUAAGUGAAGUAGCUUGAUGAUGUUAGCGCCUCCGCCGAGACUUACCUCCCUGCUGGGCCACUGGAACCACUGAGGACCGACCUGGAUGCUGAAACUCGCGUCUGUUCUGGAGUAGGAAGCGCACAGAAGCAGCGCUGAGACCAGUCAAGGGGUCAGUUGGAGGCCAAGGUUUUGAAGCUGUCUGCGUCACACCAUGAUUGACAACGGGGAGCCUGGAGGCUGAAUCUGAAAGUUGCUGCAUGGACUUUUCAUCAUAAACCCCAGAAGAACCGUUUUUUUGUUGUUGUUGUUUUUUUUUUAAACAUUUUUUCAAUGCCAGAAUGGGGCUCGAUCUCAGAGGGGUUUGCAUUUGAGACCAUUAUCCAAGCCUCGGUGCGCGCCGCUGGGGGAGGAAGCAGAGGGAGGUCCCUGACGGAGGCAGCUUCAGCUCAGAGGCCUGCAGUUAUGUAACAGAGCAGAGAUAAAAGCAAAGCAACUUUACAUGGAUACUAAUGGAUGUCCUGCUGGAGUUCCCUUCUGCACCGUCAUCUCCUGCAUUUUCUCUCCACCUCGCCUCCCUGCUUCUGCUCACAUGUGAGGUGCUUUGAACCGGUCACCAGCGGGAUGCCCCGGCACAGAAAGACCAGGCUAUUCCACUGGCCCACUCACAGACUUUGUCUAAAAUAUGUUCUGAUCUAGAACUUCUCACAAGACAACACCAUUUUUCUAUAUUGUUGGAAAGACUUUUGACUUUUGCUUGCACUCCAAUCUAUGUUCAUUGGAUCAGUGGACCUGAAGCACAAAACCCUUUGAAGUAAAUCAUUAUUUUCUUACUUUUUUUUUUUUUUUUUUUUUUGUCGCCUGCUGGUAUGAGUUUUGGUCAAGCCUCUGAUUCCCAGUCUGCGCAGCAAGAACUCUGGUUUUUAGCCAAAACUAAAAAUGAACCUCUUUUUGUGAUGCUUAUUUGUUGAGGUUGAUAAGGGAAGGUGUUAAAUAUUUGGCUUUUGAACCCACCGAGGGAGAAGUUCAUGAUGGACUCGAUGUCUGGUGGUUCAGCGUAGCAGGCGUGAAAGUCACGUCACUGCUCACGGGAAGUGAUGCCAGGAAGCAGCAGUAAAAGUGGGGGGCGAGGUACAUCCUCCUCCCCACUCCCACAUACGGUCGCCCCGCCCACUCGGCCACUCAGACCCUCACGCUAUGUUCCUGUGUCCGCCGCCACGUUCUUCCUCGUUGGCUCGACGACGCUUUUCUUCUGUUUCACGUGUCCGUGGCUGUCGGAGCGGUUCUCCGUGGCAGUGCCCAUCUACAACGGAGUCAUCUUCUUGUUUGUCCUGGCAAACUUCUGCAUGGCCACUUUUAUGGACCCUGGCAUCUUCCCUCGAGCGGAGGAAGACGAGGACAAGGAGGACGACUUCCGGGCUCCACUCUACAAAACGGUGGAAAUCCGAGGGAUCCAGGUCCGGAUGAAGUGGUGUUCCACCUGUCGCUUCUACAGGCCGCCACGCUGCUCCCACUGCUCUGUCUGUGACAACUGUGUGGAGGACUUUGACCACCACUGUCCCUGGGUGAACAACUGUAUCGGCAAGAGAAACUACCGCUACUUCUUCCUCUUCCUUCUGUCGCUGACGGCCCACAUCAUGGCCGUGUUUGGCUUUGGCCUCCUGUUCAUCCUCUACCACCGCCAGAACAUCGACCGCCUGCACGCCAUCGUCACACUGGCUGUGAUGUGUGUUGCUGGUCUGUUCUUCAUCCCUGUGGCCGGUCUCACCGGCUUCCACAUCGUCCUAGUGGCCCGAGGACGGACCACAAACGAACAGGUGACAGGCAAGUUCAGAGGAGGCGUCAACCCAUUCACUAAUGGCUGCUGGAAGAACGUGUCCCAUGUCCUCUGUAGCUCCCAGGCGCCCAGAUAUUUGGGCAGAAAAAAGUGCGCACAGAGCGUCUCCGUGAGGCCGCCCUUCCUGCGGCCUCAACUGUCGGAGGUCCAGCUGGCCGCCAAGAUCCUGGACAACGGCAUCCACGGAGAGCUGCACAGGUCUAAGUCCAGUCUGGAGAUGAUGGAGAGCCAGUCAUGUGACGCGGAGCCGCCGCCUCCACCCAAACCGGAGCUGCGCUACCCCGGGAUAAGCCGAGGGAACACAGAAGAGUGCAGUCUCCUGAACAAAGCCCCUCCCACUCCAACCAUGUACAAGUACAGACCCACCUACAGCCCUGGGAAGAAUCACACGGCGCUGACACACGCAUAUGCAAACCAGCUAAGUCGAGGCGAGAGUGUUGGCAGUGCCAGGGACUCGUCCUCCUCCACCUCCUCCCUCCUCCAGGCCAGCCAGCAGCCAGGCUUCCGCUCCCAGCCGAGUCUGGACCGCAGGGAAACCUCCACUGACAGAGUAGGAGUAGGAGUGGGUGAGGGUGGGGAUAAACGAGAGGGGGGAAGAGAGGUCGCAGGUGGCGGCAUCCCGGGCUACUCCCUGGGUGGACAUUCGUACCCCUCCUUCUCAGACCCCGCCGUCCUCUCGGGAGUGGCGUCCCGCUCCUCCAGCUCCACAGCAGCCGGAGCCACCCACGUUUCCGAAGCGACGACCACCUCCACCAGCUUUAAGAGCUUGGCCAAUCAGACCCCGCCUCCUCACCACCCCUCUCGCAAUGGAAGCCUGUCGUAUGACAACUUGCUUGUUGGCACUCAGGAGUGUGAGAACGGCAGGGCAGGCGGGUCGGCCCCCUUCGAGGUCUCACCUGGAAGGUCCCACACCCCUGUGACAGGCUACAGCUCCCCCUUCCUCCCCGCUCUCCAGAGAGACGCGGACAUGCACUCCCAGUCCUCCCAGUCUCCCCAUCACCACCACCACACAUCCCACCCCCAACACCACACGUAUCUGCACCGCUCCUCCUCCACCUCCUCCUCUCCGCCUCCACCGCCCGAGCAGCUGCUGGGCGAGGUGCACCCCCCAUCUGGAACCCGGUCCUCAGGCCCACCGACCACGACGGCCCCCCCGCCCCCACACCACCAUCAUCACCACCACUCGCACCAUCACCACCACCACUCGCAUCACCACCACCAUCACUCAUCCUCCUCCACUUCCCGACCUCCCCGCUUCGCGCCGCCUCAAGCUCCCCCUCACCACGCCUACCCGUACCGAACCCGCUCCACCGACACCCCUCUGGACCCCACGGGCACCUCCCAGUCGUCCCGAACCCUGCACCCGCCUCCCCUGGGGAAGUCCCUCUCCUACUCGAGCGCAGCUGCUGCCGAAAUGCAGUACCGACUAGUCCGGAAGGCCUCCGCCUCAGCCGGAGCCAACGCAGCCGGGGUGGGCGGAGGCAUGGGAGGAGGGGGAGGAAUACAAGCACCCAAGGAUGAGGCGGUCCAGGCCAAGGCUCCGUGUCGGACCAACGGCGACAAGCUCUUCCUCUCAUCCUCCUCCUCCUCCUCUUCCUCGGGCCCGACCUCCCCCUCGCACCUCGUCCACGCCGCCGCCGCUCGUCCAAACAAGACGACGACAUCGCCACACACCCCUACGCACAAACCUCAGGGAGGUGGGGUGAAGAAGGUUACGGGCGUCGGGGGGACCACCUACGAGAUUUCAGUCUGAGGACCACGCAUUCUUAUGUUUUUUUUUGUCUGGAACUCAAAACUGCGGCGUGAAGUGACUUCACGUUGUUUCAAACUGAUGAAGCACGACGGAAGACUUCCUGAUGUUUCGUGAUCGUCGAGUCUGUGAUGGAGCUUCUGACAAAAGUGCCCAGAGAAAAGACUGGCCCGCCGACUCUCUGCACAUCAGCAGACGAUGUUCCUCUCGGAUGUGAAUACGACUCCGUGUUUGUACAGAGUGAUGUGGUUUUUUUUUUAUGUGGAUUUGUUUUUUUUAGGUGUGAAAACGUGGGACGACAGCAUGCUCCUGUGUUCUGGACCAUCCAGAGGAACCGCAGCCGAUGGCAGUUUCCUUCAACAAUUGCCUUUGAAUUACAAGUGUUGUCCUUUUUUAUGUCACGGAUUUUAAUUUGAAAUUGUUUUAUAUGAAUUUCUAUGGAAAUAUAGCUAUCGUAGAACGGAGAGUUUUAGACUCAAAAGAGGCGUUGUGUGUAAAAAGAUUAAAGCAGCAAUCUGAACGUCACGUGACUCACUUUGUCCACCGUAGCUACUUCAGCAGCUCUUUACAAAACCUGGCCUUUUAUCUGAGCAAUUUUACAGUCACACCACGGCAGUUUAGGAAGUUGCAGGGUUGUUUUUCACAUGUGAGCCAGCCUGAUGAGGCUAGAGAGGAGCAUGAUGUUUGCUGAUGGUAUAGUGAGAAAGGAGCUGGUUAUACAUGUCUGAAUGAGAGGCAGAGAAGAUGAGGGUUUUGAAGAAGAGCGUGCAGGCGAGGGGUCUGGGUCGAGUCCAAUUUCUUAGUGAUAAAAGGAACAAGAUCAAAGUAACCCAGAGAUUAGAAAUGCUUUUGGACCGGACCAGAACAAAGUCCGGCUGCAGCUUCUCUUCAUCCUUUUGUUUAUUGCAGUAAAACAAAGCCGGUGAAUCCAGCAGACAUUCAUACACGGGCGCAGCUCCAAGGAAUUCAACACAACAGAUUUACAGCAACUCAGGUUAGGAAUGUUAAGAAAAGAAAGGGAGCUCGACGUCAGUCCCCAUGGAACUUGAGCGAUAUUUACAUCCAUGCAGUCCUUCACCAUGGAGGGGUCGCCCCCACAAUUCUGCUGACUGGAAUGUCACUCAUUUGCCUCCAACUUCUGAGGAACAUGAGCAUGAAAGGACGGGGCGUCACCUCGACUGCAACACUGAAAUAAGUUAAUCAUUUUAACAAAGUGAUUGUGAAAUUCUACUCUGGU